CAAUAAUAGAUAUUGCAGAAGCGAAUAAUUGGUUGCCUUUCAUCAUUGUGGAUUUUUAAAAUCUUUGAAUUAAUAAUAUGGCUGCCCAGAGUUUCGAAUUAGACAUGGAAGAGCCAAAACAAACAACAACAAAUGGUACUGUAACCACAUCAUCUUCUCCUUCUUCUUCAUCAUCAAAUAAUGAAGCAUCAAAUGUUUCCGAAUCUGUUACAACAAAGAAGAAUGCAUCAUCAUUGGAUGCUUCAUUACUCAGCCCAACAUCAGCCAAUGCAACUGUUAGAACUCGAAGGAACAAUAAUACAUCGACAACUAGUGGUAAAUCAAGUGUCUUUCAAUUAGUUAAAUCAAAGGCAACAACUUCAUCACUUGCUACAUCAAAUAUUGCAUCAAAUAAUGAUACAACAAGUCAUACAAAUUCAACAACAUCAAAUAGUAAUGUUUUUGAUGAGAAUAAUGGGUUUGAAGUAGUUGAUAAUCAUCGUGAUUUGGAAAAAACAUUACCUAAAAUAGAUUUAAACAGAAAUUUGGAUUUGUUUGGUCAAUCGAAUUCAACUGCUAGUUCCAGUGGUGUGAUUAAUAGAAAAGACAAUGUUGAUGAUUCACCAAUAGCUAAACCAGCUAUGGAAGGAAAAACCAAAUUUGCUAACUCAAAAUUGGGAAGACUAAUUAGAAGAUUUAUUAAUCACAUACGAGUAUGGACAAGUUCACCAAUCAUUAAGUAUUCUUUGAUUAUCUUGUUGGUUUUAUCACUGAUUGCAUUGUUGGUCAUGUUUGUUGUUCCAAUGUUCAAUUCGUCAUCAGUUAAUGUGCCCCCAAUUAUUAGAAACGAAGGAACACCACAAGAAGGAAAGAUAGCGUCACCAGAAGUACAAAAACAGGAGGCACCAUCUUCAGGUCCUUCUUUAUGGGAAAGGAUUACGAGCGUCUUUUCUCGUUCCCAAGGUGGUGAUUCUACUGCUUCACAAACAGUUGUACCACCAGCUGAGUUGGUUUUAACACUUUCUCCUGAGAAAUAUAGGGAAAACUUUGAAAACUAUCUGAGUCAAUCAAAACCAAUUGUUUUGAAGAAGUAUAGUAACAAGUGGAUUUCCUCCUCAACAUGGAAGAAGGAAUUUACCUCCAAUAAGGAAUUCAUUAGGAAACUCAACAAGAUGAAGAAACAACUUUCAAAAUAUAUCAAAAGGAAAGGAGUAUCAAUUACAUUGGUUAACAUGGACAAAUUACCUUCCUCAGUUUAUAGAGUUCCUUUUACUCCAAACCUGAAGGAACACGAAUUCGAAUAUGAUUUCCCAAUAAGCUUGGACCAAUUUUCAACUUUAAAGACAGUCAACUCAGAAAUUUGGUUUGCUAAUCCAAAGAAGGAUCAAUUGAUAAGAGUUGGAAGAAAAGAAAAUUCUAACAAGUUUACUGUCUGUAUGAUAGCAGAUACAUCACAAUAUUCUCAAUUGGUUCAAUUAAGUUCACCAUCUGGAGAAGAUACAGAAACUGAAAUCAAAACAAAUGAUUGUAUUUACAUCCCUUCAGGAUGGAGUUUCAAUUUCAAUGUCAAAGCCUCUACUAAAUUUGUUACUUGGGUCUACGAAUAAAAACCUUUCAAUUUCAUUUG